AUGGGGAAGAUCGACUGGCGAAAGUUCGCAAAGGCCAACCCGGCCGGGGACGACUUGCCGCCGCUGGAGCUGGACGGGGAGGAGGAUGCGGGGAGCGAGAGCGACGAGAUAGCCGCCGCCUCCAGCCCGGAGGAGUCGAAGCCGGGGCGCAAGCGGAAGAGGCGGAUCACGGCGAGGGCCGUGAGGGCGGCCGGCAGGCGGAAGAGACCGCACACCGGGGUGCUCAAGCGGCUGGUGGCCAACGCGCACUGGCACCACAUCCGGAUGGAGGCCGUGGAGGGCCUGGGAGGCGCCACCAAGGAGUGGGGUGUCAGGUUGCGCCCAUGGCUGCUGCAUGCUUCUGGCAAAGGACCUGGUGCACUGCGCCGCGAGGCCCUCUCAGUGGCUGGGAAAGCCAGGAAGGGAAUUUGUCUCUCCCUCAUGAGGCAGGUUGCAGCGACGUAUGGCUUGGAGCUACAGCAAGCCGAGUCCGAGGAGGGCCAACAAGUAGAUGGGCCGGGCCUCGAGGUGCUCACCAUUGUGGUGAACCCCUUGCCCAGGACUGCACACCUCAAGGACUGA